UCCUCACCUCAGUCCACCACUGACGCUUGCCGCUCCUCGCCCUCGACACUGAAAGUAGCCAAGUAGGGUGUUGACUGGCGGUGCGUCGCAUUCUUCCCGAACUCGUCCCAAUGGAGAAGAAAACGACAAAGUUCAGCGCGUCACAUACGAUCUAUUUGAAGAUUUUAUUACUUUGUAUAAUGAUGGGUAUUCCGCUUGUAAAUUGCCAAUUGUCUCGUGAUAUUCUGAUUAGCCAGCUACAAAAAGAGCAGCAGGAAAGUCUUGCCUCUGGCAGCAUUAGUGAAGAAGGGUACGACACAGAUCUGGCGAUGAAUGUCUUAAGUCUUUCCAAACAUAAGGUCAGAAGCAGGAGAGAAACUGUGGAAAAUUGUUCUGAAGUUGAGUCUCCAAGCGGAUCGGGGCUCCAUAAGAUUAAAGAAGUCCGGUUGUCCCAGUAUAGAUUCUUCAUCAAACCAGACCCCGAAUUUCGUGAACUGGUGUUCAACAUGGUGAUUGAUAACAUUUGGAACAUCAAUGAUCCAUACAUGUCACCCGAGAACCUCGUCAUUAGAAAAGGGGAAUUGGAGACUGACUCUGAGGACUCGUGGCUGGAGGUCGAAGUACAGUACUACAGACACGUGGUCACCUACGGGAAAGACAGACACGGACUGCGAGUGACAGUGGGAGCCCUGACUAGGACCAUGUACUCCAGACGGUGGUGGCGGACCCACAGCUUCGAGGGCUUCGUCAUCUCUGUACGAGGACCAUCUAAGAUGCUGUUCGACUGCUACACUUCAGACUUUUCCAAGCUUCUGCCCAUUAAAGCGGAGUAUCGUCUGGUGUUGCUGGGGUGUAUAUUGAGCGCGGUCUUCCUGCUGGUGGUGGUGUUGACCUGGGUCUACAUUGUCAUCAGCAGACGACGACGCCUUGCCAGUAACCACGCCCCACCGGUCCCUCCUGCAACAAAGUCUAUGCUGCUGUGGCGGAGCCGGGUGAAGAGCGACCCCGACCCUGUCUACGAGGAGUUCGGGGAGGACACACUGGCUCGCCUCCGUCAGAAACUCGACCCCCAGACCUUCGGCAGCUACAACGCCACCUCGGGAGCCUCGUCCACCGACCAACACAAGAACCUUAAGGCCAACGCGAAGGAAGACGAGCCGGAAUAUAGACGUGAUCAUUACGAUAAUUUUAAGCCUCUCUCCCUCUUGGAGCAGAAGCAGAAGGCGUGGCUCGACGAGCCUCAGGGAGAACCCCCCGAAAGCCACUACGUGGAAAUGCACGGUAUAAUCAACCGCAACUCACAGCUGGGGAACUGAAGCUCUCGCACUGUCUAUUAUGACGCAUGGCGCGUCUUGCAUUUCCCGACCCAAGUGUUCUUAGAUGAACAGCUUACACAUGUGUUCAACACACAUGCAGUAGGUUCAUUAUUUAACAAGUGUUAAUUCAUUCGCUCUGUAAAGGUGUUUACGAGCACUCGCGGUCCUUUGAAGUCCGGAUGACCGGCAGGUUGAUAUCAGUCUCAAGACUCGAGGUUCUUGACCAAAAUGUGCUGUGGGACUUAACUCAGGUGUGGUGGGUGAGCUUGGGAGUGCAGGGUAAUCCCACACCUGUCGCUGUGUGUGUGUGUGUGUGUGUGUGUGUGUGUGUGUGUGUGUGUGUGUGUGUGUGUGUGUGUGUGUGUGUGUGUGUGUGUGUGUGUGUGUGCGCGUGUGUGCGCACGCAUGAAGGCUACCGUGCUUGCAGGAAUUGAGCCUCAGCUCCUGGACCUCUCCUCCUGACCAUAUGUGGAGACCCACAAUGUGCACAUGGAUGUGUGUACAGGUGUACACACAUGAAACUAUACUUGUAUACAUACUUGUGAUUGUAAUUAUCAUGCAUCUCUGAUGUGUAUAAUAAUUUAUGUACAUAUGUAUAAAGAGAAUUUGUCACAUGCUCAUCCUGUGAGUGGUAGUUUAUUGUGCACCCCAUACUCAUCCUGUGAGUGGUAGUUUAUUGUGCACCCAAUACUCAUCCUGUGAGCGGUAGUUUAUUGUGCACCCAAUACUCAUCCUGUGA